GUAGUGAACCAGCAUGUGGCCAUCAUCCCGGGGGCGACCACUAGGGCGGCGGAAGAGGCAGGUCAGAUCGGUCAGGGGGCGGUGCCCAUGGAACGCUGGUCCGUGCUUAAACACACACAGGCCACGCCCACAGACACAUAUGGCAUCAUGGAGUUUCAGGGAGGAGGACAUGUCAACAAGGCCAUGUACAUCCGUGUGGCGUACGAUUCCAAGCCAGACAACAUGCUCCACCUGAUGGUGAAAGACUGGCAGCUGGAGCUCCCCACCCUGCUCAUCUCCGUCCACGGGGGACUGCAGAACUUUGACCUGCAGCCCAAACUAAAGCAGGUGUUUGGGAAGGGUCUGAUCCAGGCUGCGGUCACCACCGGAGCCUGGAUACUCACUGGCGGAGUCAGCACUGGGGUGAUCCGGCAUGUUGGAGACGCGUUGAAGGACCACUCCUCCAAGUCCAGGGGGAAGGUAUGUGCCAUCGGGGUCGCUCCAUGGGGCAUCGUGGAGAACAAGGAGGAUCUGAUAGGAAGAGACGUGACACGUCCGUACCAGGCCAUGUCCAACCCCAUGUCCAAGCUGUCUGUCCUCAACAACAGCCACUCCCACUUCAUCCUAGCAGAUAACGGGACCCACGGAAAGUACGGCGCUGAGGUCCGUCUUCGCCGUCAGCUGGAGAAACACAUCUCCCUGCAGAAGAUCAACACACGUCUGGGUCAGGGGGUGCCUCUGGUCUGUCUGAUCCUGGAGGGGGGUCCCAACGUCAUCUCCAUAGUCCUGGAGAGCCUGAGGGAGGACCCCCCUGUCCCGGUGGUGGUCUGUGACGGCAGUGGACGGGCCUCUGACAUCAUCUCCUUCGCACACAGAUACUCUGAGGACGACGGCCUGGUCAGUGAUAGCGUGAAGGACCAGCUCCUGGUCACCAUACAGAAGACGUUUAACUACAACCGCGGUCAGGCCCAGCAGAUCUUCCUCAUGGUGAUGGAAUGCAUGAAGAAACGAUCUCUGGUGAGUAGGGAAGACAUUAUUAUACAGGAUAUGUUCCCAUAAACGACAUUAGCAUAACACUUAGAAUUCCUGUCCACAAUGCAUUGCGUGCGUCAUAAGUGACGGUUUUAGUAUCUAGACAAUUUGGUAGUUAAAAUGUUUUUUAGUACAUUUUAGAAACUCUUUUUUACCACAUACUGUAAGUAAAAACCUAAUGUAUUCAAAAUAUUUUCGAACAUUAAAGAUUAUAAUUUGUGAUGAAAGUAAAGCGACAAUUUAAUAAUUGAAUUGUUUUAUGUUAAUUUGAUGCAUCAAUAAAA